AUGCUAAAGUACGUCAAGGAGGGUGCGCUCGACUUGCUCGCAUUCACCUUCCCAUCCUCCCUCAUCGAAUCCAUCCGCCAGGUCUCCGACGACGACUUCCUCUCCCCCGAAUGGGGCCACCAGCAACGACAGCCUCGCAUGCGUCGCCGUCACAACACUACUUCGUCCUCUUCCUCAAGAGCAGUCGCCCCCACCCAACGACACCUCCUUACCACUAAAACGUCUUCUGAUGGAGUCUUCAUUUCGGGUGGUUCGAUAUUACUGCAGGACACUGACACCCGGUCUCAUGAUUUACCGGACUCCGUCAGCAACAAUUGCCUAAACAAGGGACCCCAAUUACCCUACGAAGUCCUCACCUUGAUCUUCCAGUACCUCCCUGCUUCGGACAUGUUCUCGAUCCUCGCCGUCAACCGCCUUUGGCGUCAGAUCGCACUCAUAGAGACCAAGCAAAUCGACCUCUCCGAGUGUUUCCCCAUGGACUGCCUCGGCCUCGGAGACGACGACGUCUACAGCGACUUUGACUUUGUGUACCACCUCUUCUCGAUCUUCCCUCUUAUUUCGAGUCUUGUAAUCAAGGACCGAUACAUGCGCGAUCGUGACCUCCGAGUUGUCACGGCCGGUAUCCUUGCGGGCAAAAUGGCCUUCACGGAGGCAAUUGGGCCUGCCAUUGGUAGUGAGGCAUAUCUGGAAGCACAGCAUGCCAUUGCUCAACGACGGGCGCGACAACAACAGCAAGGAAAUACCUCCACGACAAAUACAACAACCACCCCCACAAAACCAACUUCCACAAAAGUCAUCCGAGCAAGCAUCAAGGAGGAGCUACGAGAGUUCUCAAGAUCAGUGGCAACAUAUGUCCUCAUUCCCCAAACUAGAAACACACUUCGGAAAAAGAUCCUGGAGCGACUCGAGUACAACCUGGAGCAGAAGGAGAUCCAGGAGUACUGCUGGAUGGUCGAGAGCGGAAUCAACCCCUUGACCUUCCAGAGCUCAACCGCUGCCUCCCUGACUCAGUGGCGAACAAUUUCUUCAUCUCCCUCGUCCCAUGCCUCAACUUCGACUGCGAUACCCGUUUUGGAUGCAAAACGAUACCCAUUGGUCCCCAUGACCCACUAUCGCUUUCAGGACUGCUGCUUUGCAAAGGACUGGGGUUCGGCUAUGGACAUCAACAAACUGCCCAUGAUCGGACUGGCAGCCGCCAUUUCAGGUCAAGGUCUGGUUGUCGAUUUGGAGGGCUCUUAUGGCGCCCCGUCCAAGAGCAUCAAGCAGAUGAUGGCGUUCUGUUUCGGAGCCCAUUGUGUCAUCUCCCUGGACCUCAACUUCCGACACACCCAUAUGGAGCUCGAGCAUGUCACAGAGCUUUUGAGCGAGAACCCUAUGCUCCACAAGAUUGAUAUUGUCGACUCAUCCGCCUACCACGACUUGAUCCGUAUGCCGGCACUGAGGGGUCUCGGAGAGAUGAUGGAGCGGAUGCAAAAACUUUGCUUCGAGCUGGACGAGCAGGAGCUGACGGCUACUUUACAGCAGGCCAGCGUGCUGCUGGCAGCCUUGGACAGGGACAUUGAUCUCGAGGAUGCUGAGCGAGCGGACAAGACGCCGCAAAAUUUUCAGCGCGGACCAACUGACGGUGUCCAUGCAGCGGAAGAGGUACCGUCGGAGCCUGUGCCAGCGUACCUUAUGGCGCAGAGGCGACCAAUGGACGAUCCUCGCCGACCAGUCGAGUCACUUUCACAACAGCUCAAAUUCGCCGACGACGCCACACCAACCGACAAGAUUAGGACAGCCAAGGUGUUGAUGAAAGGAGUCAUCCAUCAUGGCGUUAGUGGACUUAUCAACACACGGGACCGGGAGUCGGGACAAGCUCUACUUCACACGUUGGCCUGGCGCCGGUCAUACUCUGUGCUUGCUGCCCUUGCAACACAGCCAGCAAUCUCGACCGCAUCAACAACAUCCGACUUGGCCACGCCUCCAGCAACACUUGAACAACACCCAUCGUCGUUAUUUUCAUCCUCGCCGUCGUCCUCGUCGUUGUUUGCAACCAAAGGAUACUUCUGGAACCAAGGGCAAGGACUGUUGCCAUCAUCAGCUCCCACGUCGUCUACCUUGUCUGAGAUCGCACCCAGGCCAUUGAUGAGCAACUCAGAAUCCGCACGAGGAGAGGUGCUUUCAGCUUCGACCACAGCGCCAUUCUCGCUUGACCUUUCAACAUCAGCGCCAGCGCCAGCGCCAGCACCGUCCACGCCACCCUUGUCGUCAGGACUGUCAUCUUUAAUCAACAUCAGCGCACUGCCAGCAGCACUGUCGUCAGCCCUUUCUUUCCGCCGCAUGAGUUUGCCUGUCUCGACGCUAUGGAUCCCUGAGGACAGCGAGGAUAUUGGAGUUGGCGGAGGCACACAGCCAGAACCUGACUCUGAUGAUGAAGAGGACAAGGACGACAGUGGAGUAGAGAUGAGCAGAUUUUCAAGGAGUUCGUCCCCUGGCGAUGGAUCAGAUCAGGAGAAUGAUAGCGACAACGAAGCUGUCACCUCCUCAAGCACGUCGUCGACACCUAUAGCAACAGUAAUAGCAGCGGAGCCACCAGCAAAGCGAGAGUGGGUGAUACCCGAACAGCACCCGGUGGCGAUCUCGUUGAGGAUGGCGAGGAAGUUGCUUCAGCUGAAGGCGAACCCGAAUGUGUACAACAAGGACGGGCGGUCUGCAGUAGUGUGUGCGUCGUAUAUGGGGUUCCUGCCUAUGGAGUCUUUGCUGAUUGAGCAAGGAGGGUACUCAAAGGAGCUGAUCCGUAUCCGCGAGACUAUGUAA